CAGCUCGCGAGAUUUGGCGUGACCCCCGUUUGCGAGACGCGCGUUUCCCCCGCAGAGGAGCGCGCAUGGAUCCCUGAGCGCGCUCGCGCGCACACACGCCCCCGACGCCCCCCAAACACACGCACUUUCCGCGCUCGCUCGCUCUGUUUGUGACGGUCGUCGAUCGGCGCGGAGCGAUGUGGAUCCAGAUCCGGACGAUCGACGGGAAAGAGACGCGGACGGUGGAGGAUCUGUCGCGCCUCACGAAGAUCGAGUCGCUGCGCGUGAAGAUCCGAGACAUCUUCAACGUGAAGCCCGAGCAGCAGAGACUCUUCUACCGAGGAAAACAGAUGGAAGAUGGUCAGACUCUGUUUGAUUACAACGUCGGCCUCAAUGACAUCGUCCAACUUCUCAUUCGCUCCCAGUCUGACCCGCCGGACAGCCCCGCCCUCAACAAUGGUGAGGGUGUGGCCUGCAUCGUAGCUCCACCCACCGCCGCGUCUGUCCCAGCCUCAGCCACUCCCACCACAACAAUCGUUUCCCCAACAACCAUCUCCAACAGCAUCGGAAACGGGUCCAAAUCAUGCAGUCCGGAGUCGGACAAUCAGCCCUCCACAUCCAGUCGGACGUUCCUCAUCGAUCCCGGGAUUGGACAGUUCAAAGUGAACGAGCUGGUCGACUGCAGAGACGUCAGUAUCGGCGCCUGGUUCGAAGGCGUCAUUGAGAAAGUCACUCCUGCCAUUAAAGGACAGAACGGCAGAGCCGAAACGGCGCCCCCUCCUGCCAGGGUGGGCAGACCCAGCAAACGGACUAAUGGCAAGCUGGAAUCUGAGGCGAGCGCCGCCCCAUCUACGGACAGUAACAGCACGCCGGAGAAAGGGUUAAACACGGACAACAGCGAAUCGUCAACAUCCAAAACGGGUUCACGCGAGGACGUCUCGUACCACAUUAAAUAUGAAGAUUACCCCGAGAACGGCGUGGUGGCGAUGAGCCCGAAUGACGUGCGGCCGCGGGCCAGAACUCUGCUGCGCUUCGACCAGCUGCAGGUGGGGGACGUGGUGAUGGUCAACUACAACCUGGAGCUUCCCGAGGAACGAGGCUUCUGGUACGACGCCGAGAUCACGUCCCUGAACGCCGUCUCACGCACCAACAAAGAGAUCCACGUGAAGAUUCUGCUGGGAGGUCCGAGCGAUGUGAUUGGUGACUGUAAGCUGCAGUUUCUGGAUGAGAUCUACAGGAUAGAGAAACCCGGAGCGCCUGCGCUGUCUGCGGCGGACGGGCCGUUCAAACGUAAGAGCGGUCCGGAGUGUAAACACUGUAAGGCGGAUCCGGACACGGAGUGCCGCUUCUGCUCGUGCUGCGUGUGCGGAGGGAAGCAGGACGCUCACAUGCAGCUGCUCUGUGACGAGUGUAACAUGGCGUUUCACAUCUACUGCCUGAACCCGCCGCUGUCCUCCAUACCUGAGGACGAAGACUGGUAUUGUCCCACCUGUAAGAAUGACAGCAGUGAGGUUGUGAAAGCUGGAGAGAAACUCAGAACCAGCAAGAAGAAAUCCAAGAUGCCGUCAGCCACAACAGAGAGCCAGAGAGACUGGGGCAAGGGUAUGGCGUGUGUGGGCCGCACUAAAGAAUGCACCAUCGUCCCCUCCAAUCACUACGGCCCAGUUCCUGGCGUUCCCGUCGGAACCACGUGGAAGUUCCGAGUCCAGGUGAGCGAGGCGGGCGUCCACAGGCCUCAUGUCGGCGGGAUCCACGGCCGCAGUAACGACGGCUCGUACUCGCUGGUGCUCGCUGGGGGAUUCGAGGAUGAAGUUGAUCGGGGCGAUGAGUUCACCUACACCGGCAGCGGAGGUCGCGACCUUUCGGGAAACAAGCGAAUCGGCGAGCACUCGUUCGAUCAGACGCUCACGCACAUGAACAGGGCUCUGGCACUGAACUGUGACGCUCCCCUGAAUGACAAGGACGGGGCGGAGUCACGCAACUGGCGGGCGGGAAAACCAGUGAGAGUGAUCCGCAGCUCCAAGGGCCGACGAAUCAGCAAAUACGCACCGGAGGAGGGGAACCGCUAUGAUGGCAUUUAUAAGGUGGUGAAGUACUGGCCGGAGAUUGGGAAGUGCGGCUUCCUGGUGUGGCGGUACCUGCUGCGGCGGGAUGACAUGGAGCCGGCGCCGUGGACUCCUGAAGGAAUGGAGCGCAGCAAAAAACUGGGCCUCAAAGUCCAGUAUCCUCCUGGUUAUCUGGAGGCCAUGGCCAAUAAGACGAAGCGAGAGGCGACGGUUCGAGCGGUGGGCAGCUCCACGCGGGGCAGGAAGAGGGGUCGACCCCGAUCCUCACGCCCGUCCAAGAGACCCCAGGAGGAAGAGGAUGAGAAGCCUGAGGUGAACAUGGAGGAAGAGCUUCAGAGUAAUGGCAGUCCAGACGCUCCUGAAGAAGACAACACAAGUGUGUGCGAGGAGCAGGAGGAGCCUCAGGUGAAGCGUCUGAAGGAAGUGGAAUCGUUUGUUCUGUCAGAACAGCAGCGGAAUCUGAUACAGGAAGACGAACCCAACAGGAAGCUGUGGGACGAAGCGCUGAGCUUCCUCAAGGAGGGACCGAACUUCCUGCGUAAGGUGGAGCAGCUGUUCAUGUGUGUGUGUUGUCAGGAAUUAUCCUUCCAGCCCGUCACCACCGAGUGUUCGCACAACGUCUGCAAGACGUGUCUGCAGAGGUCGUUUCGCGCAGAGGUCUUCACCUGCCCCGCCUGCCGCCACGACCUGGGCAAAGACUACGCCAUGACCCUCAACAAAACCCUCCAGCUGCUCCUGGAUCAGUUUUUCCCCGGUUACAGCAAAGGACGAUGAGUCUGAUCCAGUACAUACGGACAAAGAUCUGCUCUCCGCACAAGCGUCUCUCACACACACACACACACACACAAACACAAUCUCCCAUCAGCACCAGCCUGACAUUUGUGUCACAUGACCGCAAACCCAACGGAUGCUGGGACUCGAUCAUGUCUCCAUCCCGGCCCUGCUGAAGAAAGACAUCAUGAACAUCAUCACACAUCUGGAACGACUGCGAAUCAAGAGUUCAGAUCAACCAGAAACUCCUCUGAAUCAGUAAAUCUAAUGUCAUGUAAGAAGCGAACGCUCCUCAUGAAUCCUGUCAGAAACACGUCGCCUCAUAUUUCACCCCCCCAAAAAAAUAUUAUGCACAAAAAAAAAAUUGUAACGCACAAACACAUUUCAUCCCAAAUUCUUAUUAAUGUGUCCAGAUGUUUUUAUUUCUCAUUAGAUUACUGUAAAACAGAUUUUAGUUAUUAAAUCAAGCAUUAGUGGCAGUACAAUGUGUACAUUUUUAAUAUGUAUCAUUUUUAUAUAUGUACUUUUAAUAUUUUAAAUAUAUAAAUACAAUUUAAUGUUUUUUUGGCAUAAAAUUAAUGGGGGUAAAAUUUCAUGAAAAUAUUCAGAAUAUCCUAAUGGCCUUUAAAACAGGCUUCAUUUCCAUUUUAAAUUCAUUUUGUAGUGAAUUAUGAGCCGGAUGUUGUUGACGGGUGUCAUGAGAACACAACUGAACGACCGAAUCUUUUUAUUCGCUGGUCUAAUGAAUCUGUCCGAAUCGCUCCAGAUCUGUAAAUGUGCAGCCGAAUGUUGAAAUCUGAGCUGAAGUGUCGGACAGGGCCGUUCAUGUUCACCGUUUGUUGUUCGUUGCUUGGCCUGUUUGUCCUCUUUUUGUGGUGACGUCCUUUUUCUCAAAAGAUUUAUGCUUUUGUUUUUCAGGAAAUGCAAAUGUAAAAUGUUUAAAGAUUAUACAAACACAGAAUAUACGGUCUCUUUGGUUUCCUCUCGUCUGUGAUCUUGGCUGUUUUCUCUCGCUCUUCUGCUCUGCUUCAGCUUUACUGUGGUGUUUUAUGUUUUCUUGCACUUAUUACUGAAGAUUCUGAUGCCGCGUUUAUUUUCCGACUGUCACUGCGUUACUGUUCGACUCUCACCGUUCGCUCUUUCAGUGUGGCAACUUUGACCUGCGGUCCCAGCAGAGACAUCGCUUCGAAUUGUGAUUCCAAAUUUUAUACAUGGUAUAAUACUUGUUAUGUACUUAUUAAAUAUUUUGAUUCCAGAA